AUGACUUUCCCAAAAGAAACCAUUAAUUUCUUGGACGGCUUUGAUUUCUCUCAAGAUCCUCGUGAGGAAUCCAUGCAUGAUGCAUCCACUCAAGGAACAGAAAGACCCAAGAGGAACGAAAGAGUUGUUGACAUGGGAGCGGUGGUAAGCAGUCUUCGAUAG